CAUACAUAUCAAUCAUACCAACCACAUCACCAUACCAACCACAUCAACCAUACCAACCACAUCAACCAUACCACCGCAUCAAUCAUACCAUACACACCCAACAACCAUAGUCAAAUCAGCCAUUCAAUUCAAAAGGGGAAAAGAAUACAAUAAUACCUUUCCCCCGUAUUUAAAUCUCCAAUUGAAAAAUAUCCCGCCUCGCGAUCAAGGCUGAAAGGUUACAAUUACUACCACGUCGUCGCUAUCACUUUAACCUUACUUAUAUCUCACAACACCAUCAAAAUUUCUUGGGUUCUCUUCGCGAUUACUUAUUUAUUAAUUCAUUGCAUUUACGCGUCUAAUAAACUUUUCUUCAAUAUUGCAUACUGGCAAUUAUCCUUCCAAGUAUCACCCAAGGUACACUUUUACUUUUUUUUGCCACGACGACGACUAUACCAAACGAUAACGAAGUUGAAUGGAUUAACGAACUUUCACAAAAACUCAUCUUUUGGCAUAUAUGGCGUUUUCCCUUUGAUCCUCUUCAUACAGAUAAUGAACCACAAGCGUAUUGAAAAUGGCUUCAAGAUUGGAUCGACUUGUCACGCUACUGGAAACGGGAAGCACUCCAUUAAUUAGGAAUACUGCUGCUCAGCAAUUGGCUGAUGUACAGAAAUCACAUCCCGAAGAACUUUUCAAUUUAUUAACAAGAGUGGUACCGUAUCUUCGUCAUAAGACUUGGGAUACACGAACAGCUGCUUCAAAAGCAUUAGCCGGAAUUGUUGAGAAUGCAGAAAAAUAUGACCCAAAUGGUGAGGAUGACUUGGCGAAAGAUGAAUCCAAAAUCGAGGAAUCCGGAAUCAAAAAGGAAGAAGACGUAGAGCCUACACCACUUGCCGAAGGACAGUUAAGUCUCGAUACUCUCGAUAUUGUAUCAAUUCUCAAGUAUGGGAAAGAACUUGUUCGUGGUGGUGAUAGAGGUCAUGAUUGGGCUCUAGCUUCUUUGGAUCCCGCUCAGCGUCUUGCUCAUCAAAAGAAGACCCUUGAUGGUCGACUUGGUCUUCUUGGUCCAUACUCUGAAGAGGAACUCGAAUAUGCAGCUCCAACCAAUAACCAGAACGGAUCCAGUUCCACACUGGCACGUGAAGAUUCAAAUGGUUUCUCACGACAAGAAAAUAACAAAGAUACUUCCAUGCCAGAUGCUAGUGGCGAAGAUUCCAAAAACCCUAUGGCGGAUUACUUUUCAACGGAAAGAAAUGCUGAAAUAGACGAGGAUUCCAAAGUCGUUUCAGAAUUCAAGGGCCCAAUCAUGCCAAUCAAAUCCGAACUUGAGACCGAGGGCGAACAAGAAGGAUCGGAGUGGCCUUAUGAACGUCUCUGUGAAUUCCUUGUGGUCGAUUUAUUCGAUCCUCAAUGGGAAACUAGACAUGGUGCUGCAAUGGGUUUGAGGGAUAUCAUACGUGUCCAUGGAGCCGGCGCUGGAAGACAGCUAGGAAAGACUCGUAGCGAAAACAACUUACUCAAUCAACGUUGGCUUGAUGACUUAGCUUGUCGAUUGUGUUGCGUGUUUAUCUUGGAUCGUUUUGGGGACUAUGUUUCAGACACAGUUGUUGCACCCAUUCGGGAAACAAUUGGUCAAACUCUGGGAGCUUUACUCAUUCACCUUCCACCUCCAGUCGUUUAUUCCGUUCAUCACAUUUUGUAUCGUCUCGUUAUACAAAAUGACAUUCAACUGGAUAAACCAGGCUGGGCUAUUUGUCAUGGUGGUAUGGUUGGUCUUCGUUACUUGGUGGCAGUUCGAAACGAUUUGUUACUGAAAGAUAACGAUUUGAUCGAUGGAGUCAUUCGUGCUGUAAUGAAAGGUUUAGGUGAUUGGGAUGACGAUGUUCGUUCUGUCAGUGCAGCAACACUUAUUCCAAUUGCCAAAGAGUUUGUCAACUUGAGACCUGAAGCACUUGAUGGUCUCAUCAAUAUUGUUUGGGAAUGUCUCUCAAAUCUUGGUGAUGAUUUGAGUGCUAGUACAGGACAGAUCAUGGAUUUGCUGGCCAAACUUUGCAGUUUCCCUGAAGUAUUAGAAGCUAUGAAAAAGAAUGCCUCUCGAGAUGCUGAACAAUCUUUUGGACUUUUGGUACCAAGGUUAUAUCCAUUCCUUCGGCAUACCAUCACAUCCGUGCGCUCAGCAGUCCUCCGAGCUUUGUUAACAUUUGUCGGCAUUGAGGGUGAAGGGACUAGAGAUUGGAUGGAUGGAAGAAUUCUUCGAUUGAUCUAUCAAAAUAUUUUGGUUGAGAGAAACCAAGAUACUUUGAACUUAUCACUUCAAGUAUGGAAAGCAUUAGUACAUUUCCUUGCGAGAGAUCCACAACAUUUAUCUGCAGAAUUUGCACCACACAUCGAUCCUCUGAUGCAACUUACGUUACAUCCUAUUGGUGUAUCUCGACAUCAAAUACCCAUGAACGCCACACUUUUCCAAAGACCAUCCGGUAAUUCUUACUUACCUAGUGGUCCUACAAGUAACGCUCGUCCAAGCACACCUUCUGGUCCUGAACCUCCAACGAAAAAGCGUCGAAAGGCUGCAAAGGUUGUUGAACCUUCUCCUACAUCAUCAUCACAUGACGUCGAUGGUCCCAUGAUGCAAGGUGAUGUGGAUCUGGUGGGUAUGGAUAUUUUGAUUAGAUCUCGUGCCUCAGCCGCAAAAGCCAUGGGUCUUAUUAUGUCUCUCGUACCAGCUCCUGCCCUCGAUGCAUAUGAUGCUAGUAUCACCCCAGGAAUGUCUUCGGCAUUCUCUUCUACCCAAUUAACGGCUUCUAUCAUCAUCGACGAAUACGCCAAAAAUUGUAUCUCAAAGACUCAUGCUUUACGUUUUGAACCAGCUCUUACAAAUAUUCUCGAAAAUGAACGCCCUCUCACAUAUAGAGAUUUAGUCAGCUACACACAUUUGGUUCGAACCCAAUGUUCACAACUCCUCAAUACCUUUCGCGAUGUUGGCAAAGUUUCCCAAGGACGUUUACCUGUACUUGCGGUUGUCGUAGCUGGUGAAGCUGAAGCUGGACCAGAUGCUUUCUCCAUUGUGACUGCUAAUAAAUGUGUUUCCGAGGAUUUCGAUCGAUUAAAGAAAAUGCUUUCUCCUGGUCAACGGAUGAUAGCAACUCAAGCUCUUACUGAAGCACGCGAAAAUGUAACCGAAGUCAUCAAUAACGCAAAGAGCAUCAAAGAGUUGAGAGAUACCCGUAUCAAGGCUGCUGCUGCAAGUGCUUUGGUCGCUAUGAAGGUUUCACCCAAGAAGCCAUCUCAUAUCAUCAAAUCUAUGAUGGACAGUGUCAAGAAAGAGGAAACUUUGGAAUUACAACAACGGUCUGCUUUCUCUAUCGCUCGACUUAUCGAAAUAUUUGCAGAAGGUGGUCGUACUGGACCGGCACAAAAGGUUGUAUCAAAUCUGGUCAAAUUUAUGUGUAUGGAAACUUCAGAGACACCAGAAUUCGCUCCGAAUGCUCCUCUCACGACUGCCAUUCUAUCAUUACGGAAAGAAGAAGAUCGUAAAGAUCAUCCAGAUGCAGCAAAAUUUGCAAGAGAAGCCAAAGAAGCGAGAAUAACCAGAAGAGGUGCCAAGGAAGCCUUGGAACAACUUUCGACAAUAUUCGGAUCCGAAUUAUUAAACAAGGUCCCUACACUUAAAAGUCUAAUGGAACAACCACUAAGACAUGCAUUUGGUGGUACUCUUCCACGAGACUGCAUAGAUCCUGCACAACCAUUUGGACAAGAAGCUAUUGAUGGCAUGUCUGUAAUUCGUGCAUUGACACCCACGUUGGAUAAAUCAUUAUAUCCUUUUAUCAUGGAAUUACUUCCUCUUGUCGUUACAGCUCUUCACUCAGAAUUAUCAGUAUUCCGUUAUAUGGCAGCUAAAUGUCUUGCAACGGUUUGCAGUGUUAUCACUGUAGAAGCUAUGACCUUACUUGUGGAGAAAGUUUUACCUUCUAUCAGCAAUCCACUCGACCUCAACUUCCGUCAAGGAGUCAUUGAAUCAAUUUAUCAUCUUAUUGCUGUCAUGGGUGAUAAUACUGAUGUACGAGUACUUGCUACAACUUCUUUCGCUACUCUGGUUAAACUUGUUCCACUUGAAGCAGGUAUUCCAGAUCCUCCUGGUUUAUCACAAGAAUUAUUACAAGGUAGAGAUCGUGAACGUACCUUUAUCGGACAACUUUUGGAUCCUCAUAAAGUUGAGGAAUUUAAAAUUCCUGUCGCCAUCAAAGCGGAACUUCGUUCUUACCAACAAGAAGGUGUUAAUUGGCUCAACUUUUUGAACAAAUAUCAUCUUCAUGGAAUUCUUUGCGAUGACAUGGGUCUUGGCAAAACAUUACAAACAUUAUGUAUUGUCGCAAGUGAUCAUCAUCUUAGAGCUGAGGAAUUUGCGAAAACUGGAGCUCCCGAAUCCAGAAGAAUGCCAUCUCUCAUCAUAUGUCCUCCUACUCUUUCCGGUCAUUGGCAACAAGAGAUUAAAGCAUAUGCUCCUUUCCUAACAUGUACAGCUUAUGUUGGACCUCCACUUGAUCGAGCUCGUUUUAGAGAACAACUUGGUCAAACUGAUAUCGUCAUUACAUCGUACGAAAUUUGUCGUAAUGACAUUGAUGUUUUAUCACCACUCAAUUGGAACUAUUGUGUUCUAGAUGAAGGUCAUUUAAUUAAAAAUCCUCGAGCUAAAACUACUGUUGCCGUCAAACGUCUUCUUAGCAAUCAUCGACUCAUCCUUUCAGGUACACCAAUUCAAAACAAUGUACUGGAACUUUGGUCUCUCUUCGAUUUCCUCAUGCCAGGUUUCCUUGGAGCUGAGAAGGUUUUCCUGGAUCGUUUCGCCAAACCAAUUGCCGCGAGUCGUUAUAGUAAAUCUUCUUCAAAAGAGCAAGAAGCUGGUGCUCUUGCUAUUGAAGCUUUACAUAAACAAGUUCUACCAUUCCUCCUACGUCGUCUUAAAGAAGAAGUUUUGGAUGAUUUACCACCCAAAAUCUUACAAAAUUACUACUGUGAUCUUAGUGAUUUACAGAAGAAACUCUUCGAGGAUUUCACCAAGAAAGAAGGUAAAACUCUUGCCGAAAAGGCAUCAUCUGGUGAUAAAGAAGCAAAACAACAUAUUUUCCAAGCUCUACAAUACAUGCGCAAACUUUGCAAUUCUCCUGCGCUUGUUAUGAAAGAAGGUCAUAAACAAUAUGAAGAUACUCAACGACUUCUUGCCAAACAAGGAACUAGUCUUCGAGAUCCUAUUCACGCACCAAAAUUAACGGCCUUGCGAGAUUUACUUGUUGAUUGUGGUAUUGGUACAGAAACUUCUUCCGAAAAUGAAAUUACCACCGAAACUUCUUUUGUCUCACCUCAUCGAGCUUUAAUCUUCUGUCAAAUGAAGGAAAUGUUAGAUAUGGUUCAAAAUGAUGUUCUUAAGAAGAUGUUACCUUCAGUACAAUUCUUACGUAUGGAUGGAUCAGUUGAUGCUAAUAAACGUCAAGAUAUCGUCAACAAAUUUAAUUCCGAUCCUUCCUAUGAUGUCUUACUUCUUACAACUAGUGUAGGAGGUUUGGGGCUUAAUUUGACGGGUGCUGAUACGGUUAUUUUUGUGGAACAUGAUUGGAAUCCUCAGAAAGAUUUACAAGCUAUGGACAGAGCUCAUAGAAUUGGUCAAAAGAAGGUGGUUAAUGUUUAUCGAUUGAUUACUAGGGGUACUUUGGAGGAAAAGAUUUUGAGUCUUCAAAGAUUCAAAAUCGACGUAGCAUCCACAGUAGUCAAUCAACAAAAUGCGGGUCUGGGAACUAUGGAAACAGAUCAAAUCCUCGACCUCUUUAAUCUAGGUGAUACAUCGGAAGUUCCAUUAGCAGCAGAUAGUAGUGUUCAAGCAGAACGAGAAGAAGAUAUGGUUGAUGCGACUGGAGAAGUAAGGGAGAAAGGAAAGAAAGGUUGGUUGGAUGAUUUGGGAGAAUUGUGGGAUGGAAAGGAGUAUGAGGAAAGUUUCGAUUUAGAAGGAUUCUUGAAAACUAUGAAAUAGUUGGGAGAUAGUGGGGUGGGUGGUAGUGA